AUGAUUGACAAUUUGACAUUCAUUUGGCAUUUAGAAAUCGAAGGAGCGUUCGCUUUCUUUGCUAAGUACCAGCAGCUUCGUAUCAAACGGGAAGGAGAGAACCUUUCAGUGCUGGUGAUUGUGAAGGAGCGCAUAACCACUGCCAGUGUUGCACGUCUUAUUACUGAAGUUUCAGAGUCCACUCCACUCUAUUCUGGUCUGAAAGCGUCGCAUUGUGUCAGUGCCAAUCGCACUAACAAUUUGGCUUCGAUGUCCACUGGUGAACAACUUGAUGCUUUGGAUGGAUUUCGUACAAACAAAUUCAAUAUUCUUGUUGCCACCACAGUGGUGGAAGAGGGACUGGAUGUCCGCGCUUGUAAUGUGGUCAUCAAAGCGGAUGAACUCACCAGUUUCAGGUCUUUUAUUCAAGUUCAGAAAAUUGGAGAGUCCCUUCAAGGUCAUUGUAUUGACAAUAGCGAUGAAGAAUUGGAGAAAGAUUAUGGUGAUGUCACUCAAAUUGCCAAUACCUCUUAUAUGCCCUACGGGAUUGAUGGACCGCGUGUUACUGCCAGCGGUGCCGCGUCGGUGCUCAUGCGAUACCUGGGUUUGAUUAAGACGGAUACCUCGUAUCCCCUUAAGAUUCUAUACUCAACCAAGAAGGAGUUUGGAAGCUACCAAAUUCAAAUGCUUAUGCCACCUCCAUCACCAUUGCAGGAUAUCAUCAGUGGACCGAAGUGCUCAAACAAAGAAUUGGCCAAGCAGUUAGUUCGAGUUGAAGCGUGCAAACGUCUACAUGAGGCUGGUGAGUUGGCAUUUUGGCUUCUAUAA